AGCUGGAUGAAGUUGUCACCAGUGCUGUGGUGGUAUUCUCCAGCUCCCACAGUGACAGAAAUGUUGGAAAACAUUUUGAAAAUCUCCAAGGACUACUGACAAAUUCAGCGCAGUCAAACUUGGACGAUUCAACCAUUGUGGAAGACUGUGUGAAUGAUAUCGGACCUACGCCCUUCAAACAGCAUUUUGAGGACUUAAUAACCCAAACAGUUAUUGAGAAAUCUGGUGAUGACAACAUGUACUUCUGCCCGACUUUCAUCCCUUCCUUGCUUAAGUACUUUCUGCCCCUGGCUGGUCUGUGGUCUGGCCUACUCUUGGGUGACCUUGGACGCCAUGGAACAGGGACCAUUUAUCAGAAACGUUCCCAGAAGUACAAAAAUGCUGCAAAAAAAACCCACACAGAAUUACACAGAGGACAACAAAACUCAAGGGAUAAUGGAAAAAAGCAAGUGGGACCUCAAAAAGAUCCGUUUUCAACGGAGACGUCUGACCAGGCUGGACGAUUUUGUACAUACAUACAAAGUCACCUUGAGCGCCCUGCUAAGGGAAUAUGGCGACUCUCUGAGGAGGGGGAAGAAGACCCAUCGUGUGGACAUGGAGCGAUGGAAAAAAAGAAAGCAGAACAGGCGAGGAGUUUAUGUGACACCCAUAAACAAGCCUUUUGUUUUCAGACAGCACAAGAAGAAUCUCAUGCAGAAGACAAAAACAGCAAAAGCUCCAGCUCCACUACAAAAACAAGCGCCAGGUGAAACGGAAGCACAUAUUCCAUCACAGGAUCCAAAAGACAAGGCAAGACAAGGUCAAUCUUCAUCCACAUCAGACAUGACGGAGCAUGCUGAGGAUGAUGCACAGGGAGGUAAAGUGGAUGCUUCAUCAGAGCUGACCGCGUUGUGGAAAAAAAAGGACACUGACGUGGUGGUGUCUGUAGUCCCCACUCAAAUAAGAGGCAACAGUUUUACCAUCCGUCACUCUGACAUGCGGACCCUUAGACCACACCAGUGGCUUACAGGCGAGAUCAUCGAGUGUCUUUUCCAUAUACAUGCACAUAAAUGUGAACUGGGGACGAGGAUUUAUAUUCUCAACCAUUACUCAGCUGGUGUGAUCCUCUUUGGAAAAGAGAAGAGGUCAGGAAGCACACUUUGUCAAAGCUAUGGAGCCAUUGUGUCCUUUGUACAUGUUGAUGGUGUACACUGGAAAUGUCUGUACAUCAAUGCUGAAGAAAGCACAGUGUAUUUGGCAGAUCCUGCACGCAACUCUGCAGAGCAGGCAGAGUCAGACAAUGCUGCCAACAAAUGCAGGUACUAA